UGGAUGGGGACCUGCUGGCCCAAGCAAACCCAGGCCUUGUGCCUCCCAGCAGCACCCCCAAGCCCCCAGUCUCAACUGCGGCCAGGCUAGGGGGUGGCAGAGGUGCUUGGGUGUCCGGCCUGAAGCCAGGACAGCUCUGCCAUGGCGGGGGGCCAGCUGUGCUGGACCUGGGGUAGUGACGUGCCUGGCAGACGUGGGGACAAAUCCUCAGCUGGUGCGUCAGGCGAGAGCCCGGAUGUCUGGAGCCCUGCAGGAAGUGGCCCUGGGGCCGGAGGGUACAGUCAAGUGAUUGUGCCCAACAAUGGACAAAGGGGUCUGGCAUUUCACAGAGCCUUCCGCUCACUCUGCACCUGUGAUCCUGCGCCCAGGGCCAGGCUGGGGUAUAAAGGCAGCAUUUCUGGGGCUUAGGGACUGGGUGCCAGGGCUGAGUCGGGUCUGAGGAUGAGGCUGGUCCUGCUGAGCUGGGUCCUGCUCCUGUUCUGGGAGUCUGCGACUCUGGCCGAGGUUCUGCUGCAACCUGACUUCGAUGCCAGAAAGUUCUCAGGCCUCUGGUAUGUUGUCUCCAUGGUGUCUGACUGCAAAGUAUUCUUGGGCAAGAAGGACCACCUGCUGAUGUCCACCAGGGAUAUCAAUGCCACCAAGGGGGGCUGUCUCAGUGUUCACAUGGAGUUCCCAAGGGUCGAUGGCUGUGCCCAGGUGGAUGCCACGUUCCUGAAGAUGGGCUCCGAGGGUCACUUCAGAGUUCCAGCCUUGGGCUACCUGGACGUGCGCGUGGCAGACACGGACUACAGCUCCUUUGCGGUGGUCUACAUCUACAAGGAGCUGGAGGGGGCGCUCAGCACCAUGGUGCAGCUCUACAGUCGGACCCAGGACGCCAGCCCCCAGGCCCUGAAGGCCUUCCAGGACUUCUACCCCACGGUGGGGCUCCCCGAUGACAUGAUGGUCAUGCUGCCCAAGUCAGGCGCGUGCUCCCCAGGGCAGGGCGGCACCUCGGCAACCCCAGAGUCCCAUCCCAGCCCUGCCCAGGCGGGGCACAGGGGGGAGCCGGCAGCCGCAAGCCCCACCUCCCCAGGCGGGCAGUGAGACCCGCCCUGGGCCACCCAGAGCCUCCCCUCCUUCUCCCUCACCUGCCUCCCCCAGCCUGGGGUCUCCUCCCACCCAAUAAACGGAUCCUGCAGCCUCUUGGCUCCUGGCUCUUUGGAGGCGGGUGGGGAGGCCCAGGGAGGAGGCAAGGCGGCACUCACACAGGGCGAGUGGCCUCCCCCUCCCGAGCCGCCCAGGGUUUGGUGCGCCUAUGGGAAAGCCGGGCACCUGGAUGACACCUGGCCAUGGGCUCUGCUGGGUGCACAGGGCUGCGGCAGGAGCUGGGGUGGUCAUGGCGGCAGACUAUGAUGUCGGACUUGUUGGGGUUUCGCCUCCCACUGUGGUCUGGGGCACAGAAAUGGGUCAGUGCUAUGGACAGCACACUCCCAGAUCUCGGCUGGCUAGCUGGCUUGCUUGCUCCAUGACAGACUCCCUGAACCCAUAUAGUCACCCCAUUCUAUCCUCAUUUCUCGGAUCAAGACAUUGAGGCACAGAGAGGUUGGGCAAGUUACCCAAGGUCACACAGCUGACGAGU